UUUCCAAGGUCAAGGUUAAAGACUUGAAGCAUGAAUACCUGUCAGUCACUCCCCUUUAAAAGUGUGGAUGUAAGAAAACAGUUUGAAAGAUGUGAUGGUUGGAGCUUAAGGGCAUAGAAAUGCCUCAAAUCAUGGGAAUGGUAUAUUAAGUACCUUGGAUUUGUUCCAAAGACCUGAAAGUCAAAUGACAGUAGCGUUAUAUUUCAGUGGACUUUACAAUCUAUCCAAGACAAUGAUUGUUUAAGGGAGAAGAGUGCCCUUAUUUACUCACUAAAACAAGCCAGUUGUCUUCGGACAGCUCGUAAAUGAAAGAGUUAAAAAGAUUGGAUCAAGGAGACCAGAAAUGUCAACAUUCUUCUCCAAUCUGUACACAACAGCAGAAGUCUAUGCCCUGUACCUUUGGGGGCUAUACAAACUAGAUGUGUAUUUUGACAUUGAUUACCUCCGUUGGCUGGCAUGGCUGUGGUAUCCGAUCAUCAUCUCAUUUCUCCUCCCCUUGAUGAUAAUAGCAUUUCUGUAUGCAUCGGCUUUAUUCCUGCACAUAUACAGACUGAGACACCAAUUAAAAGAUGCCUAUUCUCAAGAUUUUUGGAAUGGUGCACGGAAAACACUGGCAGCGUUAUGGGAUGCUCAGGGCUAUAUUUGGCAUGGUUACGAAGUCAUUGGUUUGGACAAGAUUCCAUCUGAGGGACCUGCACUCCUAGUUUAUUACCAUGGAGCUAUUCCCAUUGAUAUAUAUUACCUCAUUGCCAAAUGUAUUCUACACAAAAACAGGCAGCUUCAGGCUGUUGGAGACCGGUUUCUUUUUCAUAUUCCAGGUUGGAAGUUGUUAAUGGAAGUAUUUUGUGUUCAACCAGGGACAGUGCAGAGUGGCAUAGAUCUGAUGAAACAAGGGCAGCUUUUAGCCAUUGCACCAGGUGGAGUACGUGAAGCAUACUUUAGUGAUGAAUUCUAUGGAUUGCAGUGGGGGAAAAGAACAGGGUUUGCCAAAAUUGCUGUACACGCACAAGUGCCAAUUAUUCCAAUGUUUACUCAAAAUUGCAGAGAAGCGUUCCGCUCAUUGGGACUUGGAAAAGAUUGGUUGAGGAGGAUUUAUGAAAGAACUAGGCUCCCACUGGUUCCAAUUUAUGGGGGAUUUCCAGUCAAAAUGAGGACCAUAAUUGGAGAUCCUAUUCCUUAUGAUCCAAACCUUAGUGUUGAACAAGUUGCAAAAAAGGUACACACAAGUAUAGAAAGUCUUAUAGUUCAACAUCAGAAGGUUCCAGGUAAUAUACUCAGGGCUUUAUUGGAGAGGUUGUUCACUCCAAAAAUUUAUGUACAAGAAAGCUGAUCAUGCUUGGUCUCAAUUUAUGAAUGUGGAAAGAAAAUGUUACAAAUAAAGUGUCCUCUAUUGAUUUAAACAUUCUGUCAAGAAGAAAACAUUACAGAAAGGAAAUUUGAUAAAAACCUGCAACACUGAAAUGAAAUGUGCAAUUAAUAUUACUUCGUAAAGGUAAACACAAUUUGACACACAUGUAGCUCAUAAAGUAAUUUCUUUUGCAUGAUUUACUUGUAAGUGCAAUUGUAACUAUCUUGUAGAUAGUUUUUUCACUGUUUGUCACUUUUCAGAUGACUUUGGAACUUCCUUUUGAAGAAUUGUGUGUCAAAUAAUUGAAUGUAUGAAUGUAAAUGUGUAGGAUAGGAAUGUUUGACAAUGCCUUUUGAAAUCUGUGCAAUCUAAUGAUUUAAACACUCAUCAGUCAUCCAUGUGAACCGCCUGGAUACUGAACACAAUAAAAUCAAAAUUAAGGAUUUGCUUAAUGUAAUAAGUUCCAUAAUCUAUUAUGCCAGUUAUUAUUUUGACAGUCAUUUUUUUGACAGUUAAGGGACUGGGAAUUUACUUCUAUUGGUCUUUUUAGAUAGUUUUUAAAUACUCUUAUAGUUAUAGUCAUGCAAUAUUUUGAAUGUUGUUAGUGGAUUCCUAGGGCUCAUUCCCAAUUAAACAGUUUUGUUUGAGCCCUUAUUUUACUAUUGAUGCAGUGGAUGCACAUUAAUGACCUAAUAAUGCUCUACCAAUUCUGUAGAACAAAUUGAAUUGGGGUUACAUUUUGUUUGUAAUUAUAAUUUAUUGUCGGUCAUUCCAUUGUAAUUAUUUUCCAUAUUUUUGUUAGAGUCUUUUUGUUAAAGAAUCAGUCAGACAUGAUGGUCAGUUGCCAAAUGUUUGAUUUUUUUUUUUCAGUGAAAACUUGGCAUUAGAUUUUUGGUGCUGACUUUCAAUUCAUAAUUUUUAUUACUAUUCGAUAUCUGUAGCCAUAAAAAACCAUUUCCACAAGGAAAUUAAUAGCACAAGUUCUAUCAAAACAAGUUAACAUAUUGCUUGUUAUGGAUCAAAUGUAAUAUAACUAAAAUAUAGGAAAUGUUUUUGUUGCAAUAAAUGUUAUCUUCUAUCGUACUAUUUUGUUGAAUAAAAAAUUACUAGAAAAGUGAAGUUCUUUGUCAACAAAUGACUUAAUGUUCAUUUAAAGUGAUAGGUUGCCAAUUUGAGGAAAACUCAAAGCACCAAAACUGUCAUAAAUACAGACAAAAAGCAGGAAAUAAUGCACAAAAUGGGCCAUUUUCUCAAUUUUGAUGCAAUACUACAUAAUGCUAAAUGGCAAAAUCAUCACCAAAUUUCAAUUAUGCACAACAGGUAACAUGGACAAUAAGUUUGUUGAGGCAAAGAGCCUUUCGUUGAGUAAGAGCGCCAUCAUAGUUGUUGAGAUGAUACAAGAAUG